AUGGUUGACAGAAAUAUUCAUAGUGAAUUGUGGUUUCAUGGUUUGUUGCCGCGUGAGGAUAUUCGAGUGAUGUUACGCAAAAACGGCGAUUUCCUCGUUCGCUCGACUGAACCGCGUCCCGGCGAACCUCGUCAAUAUGUAUUAUCAACAAUGAAAAGCGAAGAGCAAGAAGAUCAAGGAAUCAAACAUUUUGUGCUCAAAGAAGGAAAAGGUCAAAUAUUCAUUGAAACCAAAGGAUUCGACACAAUUUCCGCUUUGAUUGCACAUCAUUUGAGCACAAAAGAACCCAUCAAACAGACUUGUGUUCUUCGAAAUCCAAUUGUUAAACAAGAUUGGGAAAUUGAUCAUAAUCAAGUUGUUCUAACUAAAAAAUUGGGAGAAGGCGCUUUUGGAGAGGUUUGGAAAGGGAAAAUCACAUUGAAAAAUGGGAAACAGGAAGAUGUGGCGGUGAAAUCGGCAAAACUUGAGUCAUUGAAUAAAGAGCAGAUCAAGGAAAUUAUGAGGGAAGCAAGAUUGAUGAGAUUUUUGGAUCAUCCGAAUAUUGUCAGAUUCUAUGGAGUUGGUGCGGGACAAGAGCCGCUUUAUGUGAUUAUGGAAUUGGCGGAUUCGGGAGCAUUGGAUUCGUAUUUGCAGAAGAAUCCGAAUAUGACGAUGCCUAAGAAGAUGGAGAUGAUUUAUCAGGUGAGAUUGCAAUGGGGACUAGUUUGGGUUUCUAGGCCAUCAGUACAAUAUUUUUUUUGAAUAUUUUUGAACUCAAAAAAAAAACUGUUUCAAAGUUUUGUAAUAAAAACACUUUAUUUUCGAAAAAUUUGAUCUAGAAAUAUAGUUUUCAACAAAAAAAAUCACUGUUUCAAAAUUUUGUGAUAAAAACAAUUUAUUUUGGGAAAUUGAUAUUUCUGGCCCUAUUUGAAAUGGAUUUUUAAAAUUUCAGAAAUAAUUUUUCAAACUCUUUUAUAGAUAUUUAAUUUCAAGCCAAAAAAAUACUGUUUCAAAAUUUUUCUAUUAAAAAAAUUUAUUUUGGGUAAUCGAUAGUUCUCCUCCAUCUAAACCAGAGUUCCGAAUUUGCAACACCUUGAAACCGUAUUAUACCGACACCUCACACGGUGUCGGUUUCAUUAGGGUGUCGUUAAACGACACCCGAGUGAAACCCAUCAUUGUUGAAUGACACCCUUAUGAAACCCAUUGCUGAAAUUUCGCAUUGAAGUUGAAAUUUUUGUAAAUCGUCUGAAAAUAAGUUUUUGAGUAGGGUGAAGCUUGAAUUUCAGCUUCUGCUAUCACUUUAAGCUUAAGCUUCAACCCAGAAGCUGUUAUCAGUGAUUAUCAGUGAAAUUUCAAAAUUAUCAGAAUGAGCUGGGAGUUGGAGGAAAUGAUGUUUGGUGAUUGUGGAUGACAUUUUUGAUAAGUUUAUAGCUCCAGCUUUAUCCCAGAAGCUCUUAUCAGUCCUUAUCACUAAAUUAUCAAUAUGCUCAGAUUGAGCUGGGAGUUGGAGGAAAUGAUGUCUGGAGCUAGUAGAGACUAUUUUUGAUAACUUUAUACAUCAAGCUUCAUCUCAAAAGCUCUUAUCAGCUGUUAUCACUAAAUUAUCAAUAUCAUCUGAUAAGGCUGAAAAUCGGCAUUUUUGGGUUUUCGAGUAUGGGGAACCGUGUGCUGAUAAUCAUUUUGUCUGAAAACCACUCUUAAAGGACCCCAUCACUCAAAAAAAAAAUUUUUUGGAAAAAUUAUGUUUCGGGGUUUUUCGGUACGGGGAGUCAUGUGGGGUUGAUCAAUCGACUCAAAACUCGUUUUUAAAGGCAGUAAACAUGAAAAAAUUAAUUUUUUUUUAAUUUCAAGAUUAGUGGUUUUUUGAUACGAGGAACAUCGUGGUGAUACCCAUUUGACCUAAAAAUGACUUUUAAAGGCACAGUCCAGCCAAUUUUUUUAUUCAAAGGCAUAUUUCAGGUUAUCACUUUUUUUGAGUUUUUUUAAACAUAAAAAACCAUUUUCGAACCAAAUUGAUGUCAGCACAAUGAUCACCAUAUCAAAAAACCUAGUUUCCAUAAAAAAUAUUUUUUGGUCAGAAUGUGCCUUUAAAAGUCAUUUUUAGGUCAAAUGGGUAUCACCACGAUGUUCCUCGUAUCAAAAAACCACUAAUCUUGAAAUUAAAAAAAAAAUUAAUUUUUUCAUGUUUACUGCCUUUAAAAACGAGUUUUGAGUCGAUUGAUCAACCCCACAUGACUCCCCGUACCGAAAAACCCCGAAACAUAAUUUUUCCAAAAAAUUUUUUUUUGAGUGAUGGGGUCCUUUAAGAGUGGUUUUCAGACAAAAUGAUUAUCAGCACACGGUUCCCCAUACUCGAAAACCCAAAAAUGCCGAUUUUCAGCCUUAUCAGAUGAUAUUGAUAAUUUAGUGAUAACAGCUGAUAAGAGCUUUUGAGAUGAAGCUUGAUGUAUAAAGUUAUCAAAAAUAGUCUCUACUAGCUCCAGACAUCAUUUCCUCCAACUCCCAGCUCAAUCUGAGCAUAUUGAUAAUUUAGUGAUAAGGACUGAUAAGAGCUUCUGGGAUAAAGCUGGAGCUAUAAACUUAUCAAAAAUGUCAUCCACAAUCACCAAACAUCAUUUCCUCCAACUCCCAGCUCAUUCUGAUAAUUUUGAAAUUUCACUGAUAAUCACUGAUAACAGCUUCUGGGUUGAAGCUUAAGCUUAAAGUGAUAGCAGAAGCUGAAAUUCAAGCUUCACCCUACUCAAAAACUUAUUUUCAGACGAUUUACAAAAAUUUCAACUUCAAUGCGAAAUUUCAGCAAUGGGUUUCAUAAGGGUGUCAUUCAACAAUGAUGGGUUUCACUCGGGUGUCGUUUAACGACACCCUAAUGAAACCGACACCGUGUGAGGUGUCGGUAUAAUACGGUUUCAAGGUGUUGCAAAUUCGGAACUCUGAUCUAAACUUAAUUUUGAAUCAUUUUCAGAAAUAAUCUCAUGAAAAAUUAUGAGAUUUUGAAACUUUUUCUCUAGACAGGGUUUCAGCUUUAUUUUUUCCAGAAAUAAUUUUUCGAACAAAAAAAUCACUGUUUCAAAACUUUUUAUUAAAAAGUUUUGAUUUUGGGAACAAUUUGUUUUUUCGAAAAAUGCACUGUUUCAAAAUUUUGUGAUAAAAACAAUUUAUUUUGGAAAAAUUUGAUGUAUAAACGUUAUCUAGAACUAUGAUUUUCAACAAAAAAAAAUCACUGUUUCAAAACUUUUUAUUAAAAAAAGUUAUUUUAAGAAAUUGAUAUUUCUGGCCCUAUUUGAAAUGGAUUUUUAAAAUUUCAGAAAUAAUUUUUCAAACUCUUUUAUAGAAAUUUAAUUUCAAGCCAAAAAAAUACUGUUUCAAAAUUUUUAAUUGAAAAAAAGUUAUUUUGAAAAACGGUUAUUGUUUCCAGAAAUAAUAUUUUGAACAAAAAAAAUCACUGUUUCAAAAUUUAUAUUCAAAAACAAAAAGUUUUAUGAAAUUGAUACUUCCCCUGCAUUUACAUUUAAUUUUAAAUCAUUUUCUCAAAUAAUCUCAGGAAAAAUUAUGAGAUUUUGAAACUUUUCUCUAGAAAGUGUUUCAGCUUUAUUUUUUCCAGAAAUAAUAUUUCCAACAAAAAAAAAUCACUGUUUCAAAAUUUUAUUAUCAAAAAAAGUGAUUUUGGGAAAUUGAUUAACCUGAAUUGACAAUUUCUGAAAUAACGAAAAAUCACUGUUUCAAAAUUUAUAUUCAAAAAAUAGUGUUUCUGGAAAUAGAUAAUGGAGAAAUCUCAAACAUGAACGAAAAACCCAACCGCAGAUUUUGAGAUGGCCUAGAAAUCCAAAAACUUCCUAAAUUUCCAGGCUGCUUGCGGUGUCGGCUACAUGCACGAAAAACAUUUAUUGCAUCGCGAUAUCGCCGCCAGAAACUGUCUCUACGGUGGAGGACAAGUUAAGAUAAGUGACUUUGGUUUAUCUCGCGAAGGUGUGUUGUACACAAUGGAUAUGUCGAAAAAAGUUCCGAUUCGCUGGUUGGCUCCAGAAACGUUGAGAGGCGGUGUUUAUACACCGAAGACUGAUGUCUACGCGUUUGGAAUCAUGUCGUGGGAAAUUUGUGAGAAUGGAAAAGAGCCGUAUGCGGAAAUGAGAGUGGCUGAUGUGGCGAGAGAGGUUUUGACGGGUGGAAGAUUGCAAUUCAAGCCAGAUGUUUGUGCGGAUUAUGUGAAGUUUAUUAAUGUGAGUUUUGAGAAUUUGAAGAAAUUCUGAAUCCUAUUAUUUUUUUUGCAGAAAUCUUGUUGGUCUGAAAACCCCAAUGAUCGUUCAUUCAUGCCAGAAAUCAUCAAAUAUUUCCAAAAAACCUACAAAUUCAAACCAGUUGUAGUUCAUCCGGUUAGUUUUGCUCAAAAUUUUUUAUAUCUUUUCGAAUUUUCUGAAUUUCCAGAAAGACGAACACAUGGACUCUGCCAAAACAAAACCCAAGAAGAAAUUGUUGGGCGGACUUUUUUCGAGUGCUCAUUCGUCGCCGGCUCAUUCCACUGCUCAUCCUUCUGGUCAUUUGACUCCACAUUCUACAGCAACUCAUCCAGCUCAUCCAACACAUUGA